UUGGGUCCAGCCCGCUUGCAUGUAGUCAUUCAGUAGACGCUCACUCCUGCAGACAGACACGACUGCUCUGCAUCACCCUGCAUCUUUUUUUUUUCCAUCGUAAAAGAAGCACAAGCAUUUAUUGAUUCAAUUUGAACUUUGCCUUUUUUUUUUUAAAACCACCUGAAUAUAUUUCUUGUGUGGAUUUUUGCUUCUCACCUCAUGGGGCUGUGGAUUGCUGUGCUCACUUCGUUGCUGGGAGUCGUCCUCGGUCAAGGAGUUCCGCAGAUCUCUAUAGAAGACUGCUGCAAAGAUGGCCAGAACCGUGCCAACGAUAACCAAGCCUGUUCCACUCUGCCGCUCAUCUCCGAGUCCCUGACGUGCAGGACCGUGCAGGAGCAGUGCUGCGUCGCAGUGCUUGAAGACAACAUGUGCACCACCGGCAUUACUGUAGCCAAAGACCAAGGAGCAUGCCAUUCCUUGUUCUCCAACACCUGUGAGACCAAGACCACCAAGAUGUGUUGCGACUGCUGCCUCCUGGGCAAGACGGGCCAGGAACAGGGACUCCCAUGUGACCACAGCCUGUCUUUAGGCUACCAGUGUGGCCUGGUGUAUCGUGCCUGCUGCGUGGACGCGGUGCCUAACAAUGAGACGGUGCCCACGGUGCAGACUGAAUUGCCAAACAAAGACGAAACCACGGACACUGGAAACAAGCCGGGCUUGAAUGAUCCGUGCAAUGGUAAAUGUGCUCAGAAUUGUGAGAGUAAUGAUACCUGCGGCUGCUUCAAAGGCUAUAAACUGAAGCCAGAUGGAAAGACCUGUGAGGACAUUAACGAGUGUUUGCUGGGCGCCAGCAACUGCCGAGUGGGCGAGCGCUGCAUCAACACCGAGGGUUCCUUCCGCUGCCAGAGAGAAGUCAGCUGCGGAACCGGCUACGAACUGACCGAUAGCAACAACUGCAAAGAUAUCAACGAAUGCGAGGCGGGCAUCCAUAACUGCGGCCCGGAGUUUGAAUGCCAAAACACCCAGGGUUCAUUCCGUUGUCUUCCCAAGGUCAAAUGUGGUGCUGGUUUUAUUCAGGAUGCACUGGGAAACUGCAUUGAUAUCAAUGAAUGUGUCAGCCAGACGGCCCCAUGCCAAAGGGGUCAGGUUUGCAUCAACACAUUGGGCUCGUACACCUGCCAGAGGAACUCCGUCAACUGCGGGAGGGGCUACCACCUCAACGAUGACGGCACACGUUGCAUCGACAUUGACGAGUGCAAAGGCCCCGAAACGGUGUGCUCGGGUCACGGCUGCAUCAACACAAUGGGCUCCUACCACUGCCAGUGCGACAGCGGCUACAACUUCAACAGCAUAAGUCGCCUCUGUGAAGAUCUUAACGAAUGCAGGCACUACCCCGGACGCCUCUGCGCACACAAGUGUGACAACACACCGGGCUCCUACAAAUGCAGCUGCACCACUGGCUUCAAGCUGUCCAGGGAUGGCAGGAACUGCGAUGAUUUAAACGAGUGCGAGAGUAACCCGUGCAGUCAAGAAUGCGCCAACGUGUACGGCUCAUACCAGUGUUACUGUCGCCGUGGUUACCAGCUCAGUGACACCGACGGGGUGACGUGUGAAGACAUCGACGAAUGCGCCCUGCCCACCGGAGGCCACAUCUGCUCGUACCGCUGCCACAACACCCCCGGAAGCUUCCACUGCUCCUGCCCCGUUAGCGGCUACACCCUCGCAGCCAACGGGCGCAGCUGCCAAGAUAUUGAUGAAUGCGUGGCAGGGACACACACAUGCGUAGAGAACCAAAGUUGCUUCAACGUGCAGGGCGGAUUCCGUUGCCUGUCUUUUGAAUGUCCCAACAACUACCGCCGGGUCGGGGAUACUCGAUGUGAACGCUUGCUUUGCAAUGAGUCUGUCGAGUGCCUGGCCAUGCCGCUGAGAAUAACCUACUACCAUCUCACCUUCCCUACCAACAUCCCCGUCUUCACCAACAUCUUCCGCAUGGGCCCCUCCCACACGGUGCCGGGCGACGACAUCCGCAUCACCGUCACCUCGGGCAACGAGGGCGGUUUCUUCAAGGCCGAGCAAGUCGCCGGCGGCGGCGUCUUGUCCGUGGCGAGGCUUUUCAACGGCCCGCGGGACUUUGAGCUCUCCGUGGAGCUGGGCCUGCGUCGCUAUGGCACGCUCAGCACGUACUUGGCCAAAGUGUUGGUUUUCGUCACUGAGAACGAGCCCCGCGUCGUUUACAAUCCGGACCUCGAAUAAAGAGGGCAGCACGCUCGGGAGGUCUUAUCUUUACUAAGCUGUUGUCAGAGAAUGAAGUCAUUUCCUUCAAUUUAAGUAGUCUUGAUUUUACAAGAAUAGAGUUGUAAAUUACCACCCCAAAAGGCCUUUAUUGAAUAAUGGUCAUAGUUUGCAGAGAAAACACUUAUUUUACAAGAAGAAAAUCAUAGUUUUAAUUUUAUGGCAGAAAAAUAAUCAUUUCUAAUAGUUUAAGUAAUAUGAGGGUAAAAAUAGUCAUAAACAGAUAAUAUAGUUGAAUUCUUAUCCCCCUCGGCCCAAAAGUGAUUUUGCCAUUAGUUUUAUUCCUAAGUUUUCUUAAAGUUAGAGGGAAUGGUGAUUGUGAAAAUAUUAAAAGGAAAAAAUAGCAUAACUAAGCAAUCAUUUUCCAAAAAAGUAUUAAAACAUUUAUGUGCACAACAAUAGCCUACAAUUGUAUAUUUUGCUGCCUAUAUAAUUCUUAAAUAGUUGAAUGUAUUGAAUGUAUCAUGUCGGAGGCAGGGCACAGAGAUAGCAGCUAGGUGGCGCACUAAGUUAGGGUAAAUCCUAAAAGCAAGUUGGCCUGUUUAGUCUACAACAUGGAGUGCUUUGACCAUUGGUCCCAUGUUAAAAGUCUGAUGAUUUAUAGUACUUGAUUCUUUUUUUAUGUGUUGGCUGAGCAGUUUUGUAAAAAAACAGACAUAAGGCAAGUAAAACGCGCUCCUUUGUGAUGACGUCGGAUUAAAUUAAACACAGCAAAGCAACCAGGCCAAAUCACACAGACACAAUUCAUUAAGUAAAAAUACAUAUAGCUAUAUUAACAGUCACACGGGACUGCAUUAUUUCUGACUUUUUAGAUGCCAUCCUAAAAUCUUAAUGGCAAAAUCUUAACAUUCUUAUCUGUCAUUUAAGCAUAUAAACACAAGUUAACACUCGUUAAAAUUGAGGAUGGGUAAUAAUAAAUAUGACACAUUUUUAACAGUCACCGAAGUUCAACAUGAAAUUAAUUGAUGUAAACUUUAAAUCACAGAGUAUUGUUCGUGUUCAACCGUAACAAUCGUUGCUUAGCUACCGAGACGUUGAUGUUAGUUUCAUGAGUCCGCCUGCAAGCAUUUUGCUUUGUAUGUUAGCAUUAAAGCUAUUGGACUUUUGCAAGACAAA